UGGAGAUAAACUAGCUAGCGAUACUGCAGACUUCCAUGUUGUUUCCUCGUGGUCGACAAGAUAAGUUCCACAUUUAGUCGAAAUUGAAUAGAUUCUUGCUCAAGUAACCGCAUCAACUCCUAAAUAUGCCACAGAACGAGCACAUAGAGCUCCAUCGCAAGCGGCAUGGCUACCGCCUGGAUUACCAUGAGAAAAAGAGGAAGAAAGAAAGCCGAAAGCCCCAUGAGAUGGCAGAGAAAGCAAAGAAGUUACGUGGUCUGAAGGCCAAGUUGUACAACAAGAAACGACAUGCUGAGAAGGUCCAAAUGAAAAAGACCAUCAAAAUGCACGAAGAACGAAAAACCAAACAGAAGAAGGAUGAUGUGGUCCCAGAGGGCGCUGUGCCUGCUUAUCUCCUGGACCGCGAAGGACAGUCCAGAGCCAAGGUUUUAUCAAACAUGGUGAAACAAAAACGGAAAGAAAAAGCUGGCAAGUGGGAGGUGCCACUUCCCAAAGUUCGAGGCAUCAGCGAGGCUGAAGUCUUCAAAGUUGUACGAACUGGUAAAUCCAAGCGGAAAGCCUGGAAAAGAAUGGUCACCAAACCAUGCUUCGUUGGCGACGGGUUCACAAGAAAACCUCCCAAAUAUGAACGAUUUAUUCGACCAAUGGGACUGAGGUACAAGAAGGCCCAUGUGACACACCCCGAGUUAAAAGCCACAUUCUGUCUCCCUAUCAUAGGAGUGAAGAAGAACCCCAGCUCCCCCCUGUAUACCUCACUAGGAGUGCUAACCAAGGGCACUGUCAUUGAAGUGAACAUUAGUGAACUGGGCCUUGUGACUCAGGGUGGAAAAGUGGUGUGGGGAAAAUAUGCACAGAUUACAAAUAACCCUGAAAAUGAUGGCUGCAUUAACGCUGUGCUAUUGGUGUAGGGGCUGUGACUGACGUGGACUUCUGUGAACUGAACCAUUAGAAAUCAGGGUGGAAAAGUGGUGUGAAGAAAGAAUGCUCAGAUUACAAAUAACCCUGAAAAUGAUGGCUGUAUUAACGCUGUGCUAUUGGUGUAGGGGCUGUGACUGAAGUGGACUUUUAUGAACUGAACCAUUAGAAAUCAGGGUGGAAAAGUGUUGUGGGGAAAUAAAAGAAUGCAUAUAGUAAUUCGAAAGUGACGGUUGCACAUUGGAGCUAAUUUAUUUUUCCUCUGUUAGCAACAAGCACUUGUGUUCUUUCCACUUUAGAGAAAGAAAGACAUUGCCAUUUAUUAUAAGUUUUCUCUGUUUUUCCAAGGUAAGAAAAGAUGAAAAAGUUUUUAAAAGGUGUUACAGAGGGAAACUGUUCUGUAAAGAAUAAAUGUACUACUAGUACAUGCUGUAUUUAUCAGCAGAUGCUCAGUAUGGUAAUCUUCUGAGUGAAAAAAAUGAAACUUUCAAAAAUGUGGGAACAAUUCUUUUAUUGGCAGAAAUUGCUGUGUUUGGUUAUUUGAUAAAAAAAAAUAGUAAGCUCUGUUCUUUUUCUGUUGGAAGUGGUUAAGAUUGCAAUGUAUAAAGAAUGUUUGAUAUGCUAUUGAGAAACUAAAAUAUAAAAACUUUUUAAAAAAUUGAAAGUAUAAGUGUAUUUAU